ACACACGCACACAGCCAAGUGCACACUCUCUCGCAUACACAACCAAAGUAUUGUCAAGCUGCCAGCGAACUUAUAAGUUCUGUGACACAAGUGUUUAUAGUAUACAGGCACACGCAUCGUACAGGCAUCUAUAUAUGCAUGUUUGCGUGCGUGCGUGCGUGCGUGCGUGCGUGCGUGUGUUUAUGUAUAUAUCUAUGACAAACAGUGAGGAGUCUUAACACGCUUUUAAAAAGUUAUUCUAAAAUGUUCACCUUGGAUAUGUUCUGUCUACUUCAGGAUUAAUAAUGCCUGCGUUUAUGAGGUAGUAGCUGGCUGAAGUGUGACACUUGCAUCCAGCUCUGGUCACAAAACUUUGUGACCAGCUUCAACUGUGAUAUCCGGUCUUGACUGAGCUGUGAAAGAUGGCCGAUGCCAUAAUCUGUUUUCCCUGUUGUUUUACAGUACAACCACAACCGCAAAAAAGGCGGCGAAGAAAAAUCGACGCAAGUAUGAUAGGUCUACCAACAAAUUUCCAACACACGGGACACGUAGGGUCUGGUGAUGUAGGAAAUAGGAGCUAUGGCAUGUCUGGUGAAGAAGGAAGUCGAAACCAUUUAAAUUGCAUUCAGGUCCAGAUGUCUUCCAAAGGGGGUUAUGGCUCCAACUCGCCGGACGGGGGCUUAGACCUUCUUUCGACCGUUGAACAUCAGAUCCCAUUGAAAGAUUUACAAAAAGAGAAUGUUGAGAACCACACUUAAAUAUCAUGAUUUCCUAAAGUGUGCAACAUUUUCUAUUUCAUCUUUUCACACAACAAAUUCCCAAUAUGGUACACAGAUUUGAUUUCAGAAUCUGGGAUAGAGAGAAAGAGAGAGAGAGCACAAAGAAAUGAUCUGCUGCAGCAGCAUUAGCAACUUAAAAUCUUUUCCCUCCAUUUCUAAACCAGUCAUCCUGCUGAUUUACAUAAAUUAAAACUCUGGAUAAUGUCUCAAACUUCAAGAAGCUCUUCACCAUGCGAUGUGUUAAAAAAAAAAAAAUGAAAAAAAAUAAAAGUUGAAAAAUAGAGUACCUGCCAGUUUAUCUACGAUGUACAUUGUUGACCUCAUGGGGUUUUGCUUCUAUUUUUUUUUUUUUUCCUUUUUCAUCAGUGAUACAGUGAGUGAUAUCAACAACAGACACUGCCGCUGCUCUACCGCAGCCUCCGAGCCAGUGAAAUAUGGUUGCUCAUGCAAGCAAUGCAAGGCCUCUGCAAACGUGGAAACAUCUUGCCAUGUUUACAAUUUUUUUCACAUCUCUACGACGAUUCUUCGCAUUAACAAACCAUGCACUCGAACUUACACUCGCACACGUACAAGCACACGCAUGCAGGUACAUUCUUAUUAUGCGAAAUGACUGCCAUAUGGACAGGGCCCUAUAAAUGGUAAAUUCAUUUGUCUCAUAGAAUUUAUAAUGAACAAGGACACCAUCAUUGAUGGUGACUUGUACAGAAAAUGAAAAUGGUUCAGUUUGGCAGCCAAUGUACCAUCUUCUCUGGUGGUAAAAGUACCACAUAUGGGUGAUAUAUGCAUGUAUAUAUAUACAUGCAUACAUGAACUCCUGCAAAAGCAUUCUAUUUGGGUAAAUAUUGCAUUCUCAAGAUGUGGUAAUGCUCUACCAUUUUCAGGUAUUAAAGGUACCCUCCUCUAGUGGUGAUAUGUGUGUAUAUAUACAUACAUAUACACUCAUGCACAUACAUAUAUAUCACCAUCACCUGGUUGUAAAUAUGCUCUCAUCUCGUAAGUAAAGGUGCCAUUUUUGCCUCUACUGUGAAAAUGCCAUCAUCUUUCUCUUCAUAAAGAUUCCAGCAUCCGGAGGUGAAUAUGCAAUCGUCUGCUGGUAAAGGUAACAUCGUCUGGUUGUCAUAUACUAUCGCCUGUUGGUAAAGAUGUCAUCUUGUACUGGAUUUAAAGCUAACAUCCUGUCACUGAUUUCUGCUGAGAUUUUGUUUUUUUUAAUUCUUUUUUUUUUUUUAACUUCACAAACAA